GAGCCAUGGGCGACUGGAGUUUCCUGGGAAACAUCUUGGAGGAAGUGAAUGAACACUCCACCGUCAUUGGCAGAGUUUGGCUCACGGUCCUCUUCAUCUUCCGAAUCCUCAUCCUCGGCACGGCAGCUGAGUUUGUGUGGGGCGAUGAGCAGUCUGAUUUCGUAUGCAAUACCCAGCAGCCAGGUUGCGAGAAUGUCUGCUACGACGAGGCCUUUCCCAUCUCUCACAUCCGCCUCUGGGUCCUGCAGAUCAUCUUCGUCUCCACUCCGUCGCUGAUGUACGUGGGGCACGCGGUGCAUCACGUCCGCAUGGAGGAAAAGCGGAAGGACCGUGAAGCGGAGGAGCUGUGUCAGCAGUCACGCAGCAACGGGGGCGAGAGGGUGCCAAUCGCCCCGGACCAGGCCAGCAUCAGGAAGAGCAGCAGCAGUAGCAAGGGCACCAAGAAGUUCCGGCUGGAGGGCACGCUGCUAAGGACCUAUGUCUGCCACAUCAUCUUCAAGACCCUCUUCGAGGUGGGCUUCAUCGUGGGCCACUACUUCCUGUACGGCUUCCGCAUCCUGCCCCUGUACCGCUGCAGCCGAUGGCCCUGCCCCAACGUGGUGGACUGCUUUGUGUCCCGGCCUACGGAGAAGACCAUCUUCAUCCUGUUCAUGCUGUCCGUCGCUUUUGUGUCCCUCUUUCUGAACGUCAUGGAGAUGAGCCACCUGGGCAUGAAGGGAAUCCGGUCUGCCUUCAAGAGGCCCGUUGAGCAACCACUGGGGGAGAUCCCUGAGAAGUCCCUCCAUUCCAUUGCGGUUUCCUCCAUCCAGAAAGCCAAGGGCUACCAGCUCCUGGAAGAAGAGAAGAUCGUAUCCCACUACUUCCCUCUGACCGAAGUUGGAAUGGUGGAGACCAGCCCACUUUCAGCCAAGCCCUUCAGUCAGUUUGAGGAGAAGAUCGGCACGGGACCCCUGGCAGACAUGUCACGGGGUUACCAAGAAACCCUGCCUUCUUAUGCUCAGGUGGGGGCCCAGGAAGUGGAGGGGGAAGAGCAGCCGGUAGAGGAGGCCGUGGAACCCGAAGUGGGAGAGAAGAAGCAGGAAGCCGAGAAGAUGACCCCAGAAGGGCAGGAGCCGGUUGCAGUGCCUGAUGGGGAGAAAGCGGAGACCCCUGGAGUGGGGAAGGACGGCGAGAAGGAAGAGCUGCAAGCUGAAAAGGUAGCCAAGCCAGGGCUGUCGGCCGAGAAGGCGCCUUCACUCUGUCCAGAGCUGACAACCGAUGACAGCAGGCCCCUGAGCAGGCUGAGCAAAGCCAGCAGCAGGGCCAGGUCGGAUGAUCUCACCAUAUGAAGUGGUGCAGAAGAAAGACACCCACCUCCCGCUAAUACAGACCGAGAUAAAAAAAGAAAAAAAAGAAAAAAAAAGCCAGCUGGUACCUAUAUACUUGGAGCCUUCUGUGUCCCGUGGGUCACCCCCGCCCCUAGUUGGAUAGAUGCUGUUCUAGAACAAUGCAUGCUGUACGACUAGGAGACUGCCUUUCCCAUUUGUAUGGACUACCAAGGUAAACCCACUGUCCUAGUGAAGUUUCCAGUUUCCUGUGCCUGCCCUGGUCUUCUGUCCCAACUGCUAUGGGGUCGGGGGCUUUGCUCUCCUCCUCGUUUCUCUGUGGAAAACCAUCAGGUCAGAAUCGUGGUUACCUCAUAACCUUUUACUAGAAUUGCCUCAAGCUCGCUGACCCAGCACUUCCCUAGCAGAAGCCACCGACCCUACAUGAGUGAUCUCAAACCCCAAAGCCUACGGGAUCCAGGCUGGUCAUUUAAAUAGCUAAAGUGGCCCUGCUCUAAUAUGCUAUGAUAUAAUAUAUAGAGAGAGGUAGGGCUAUGAAAGCUGGACAGCGGUAACAACAUCUGGCUGCUUCCCGACAAUAGUUU